AUGACACCCAAGAAGCAACCUUCAAUCAGUCAGUUUUUCUCAAGCCAGAGGUCGAAAAGCUCAGACAAUGAAGAGCUUUUUAAGUCCGACUCGCCAAAGCUAGCAUAUUCGAACGAUAUUGGAAAGUUUCAGUUUGUUAAACAUGAUCCAAGUUCCUCUGGCACAUCUAGGAAAGACCCACAACCCGAAGAAGCUCGUCUUGCUACUCCGGCAGAUACUCCAGCAGAUACUCCCAUCGCUUCGCCGCCUCCAUCUAACUCCUCGGGCUCAAACGUGCUCGAAAAUUUCCAAUAUAACAAGCAAUCUACUGCCGCUCCAUCAACAACAAAACGCAAUACACCGGUGGCAGCGACGAGCGAUCGCAAGAUAAAGAAGGCACGGACUACAAAGCUUACUCCCUUAGAAAACCAAAUUAUAGAACUUACAGAACUGCAUCCUGACAAGAUGCUACUUAUCCAAGUGGGCUACAAGUAUAAGGUCUUUGGAGAAAAUGCAAAACACGUGUCGAAAUGUUUAAACAUCAUGUAUGUCCCUGCCUCCGAUCGUCGCUUUGCCUACUGUUCCUUUCCUGAUACUAGACUACAUAUCAAUUUGCAGAGGAUACUUAAUAGUGGGGUGAAAGUGGGGAUCGUUAAACAGAUGGAAUCAGCCAUUGUCAAGGAGAUAGACAAGGUCGGUAAAAGUGGAGACUUGAUGAAGCGUGAAGUGACUGGAGUGUACACCAAGGGAACUUAUAUGAGUGACGAGUUUGUUGGAAGUAACUUAAUCCCAAAUUCGGUCGAGGAAGAGCAUAAUAAUUACAUUGUUUGCAUCAAUGAAGUAUCGGAACGUGAAUUUGCAGUUGUUGCCGUGCAGCCCUUGACGGGAGAAAUAAUAUACGACGUGUUUUCUGAUGAUGUAAGUCGAGAGGAAAUGGAAACUCGGUUGCUCUACCUUCGACCAAGUGAGGUGGUUGUUAUUAACAAAGAGAGUGAGAUAAGUCCAAGUACUAUGAAGUGUCUAAGACUUGUCAAUCACGAACUCAAGAUUGAACUCAAAGAGGUUAACGGCAUACGAUUUAGCGACUACCUAAAUCAGGAUAUGAUUGAUUACUACACACAAAGCUUUCCCUUGCUGAUCCAAGAAUGCUUCAGCGAGCUUGUCAUGUACUUGGCAGAGUUCAAAUUGAGCAACGUAUUCACAAUAGUACAAAACAUCUCAACUUUCAAAGAUGCGAGAAAAUACAUGAUUCUACCGGCUAAUACAUUAACGGCGUUAGAGAUAUUUACCAAUGCAACAGAUCCAAAAUCUCCUAGAGGCACUUUGGCGUGGCUCCUAAAUCACACACGGACCAGGUUUGGUAGACGAUUGCUCCACAAGUGGAUUUCUCGACCAUUGAUUGACAGGGAGAAAAUUGAAGAGCGACACAAUGCAGUGGAAGAUUUGGGGCUGGAAUUUGACCAUGUAGUUGAUUCAUUAAUGAAGCACUUGGAAAAGAUUGGGAAGUCAUUGGAUAUGGAGGAAUUGUUAAUCAAGAUUCACUACUCAGCAACAACCCAAUCAACCCGGAUCAAUAGAAAACAAAUUUUCCUUUUGUUGCAAAGCUUUAACGAGCUUUUGAAGUUGGUAAAACUGUUUGGCAAUACAAUACAAUCCUCGAGCUUGAACUUGACGUCACCAUUGAUUGUUGGCAUGUUGCAAGAUUUACUUGAGCUGGCAAAUUUUGGCAUUGUUGACAACUUUAUCAGCAUGAUUAACCCAUCUUACUUGUUUAAUGAACCAAAAGACCCAUUUGAUCAAAAGGCGAGCUUUUUCAACUUGAAUUAUGGCUACGAUGAUAUCAAUCACGAGUUUGCUGAGAUUAAAAACGUUGAGCAACUACUUGAAGAAGAGCUUGUCAGAGUUAGGCAAUUGCUACAACGGCCUCAACUUAACUACGUUACCAGUAAUCGUGAGCCAUAUCUUAUUGAAGUCAGGAAUGGGAAAAGCGUUGAUUCAUUGCCAUCAAGCUUUAUCAAGAUCAAUGGGACAACUACCGUAAGUCGCUUUAGGAAUAAGGAAAUUGCAAGGUUGUACAAGUUGAAACAGUAUCAUGAAGAGGUGUUGGUACAAAGAUGCGACGAAGCCUUUGUUGCAUUCUUACAAGAUUUAGACUCACAAUAUGGGUUUUUUCAAAAGAUUGUCAAACAUUUAUCUACGUUGGACUGUUUACUUUCCCUAACUGCAGCUAGUGUGCUCAACAAUCAAGUAAGACCAAUGCUAACCGAUGAUUUGAUAAUUGACGUGAAACAGGCACGGCAUCCUAUAAUUGAGCAGUUGCGCGAUGGAUACGUUGCCAAUGAUAUCAACAUCCAGUACGACACAAAUCGUGCUUUGAUUAUUACCGGACCAAACAUGGGUGGUAAGUCAUCUUAUGUCAAGAUGGUUGCUCUAUUCACCAUCAUGGCUCAGGUUGGCUGUUAUUUACCGUGUACUUCGGCCACAAUGGGCAUUUUUGACUCGGUGUUUAUUCGCAUGGGUGCUAGUGACAAUAUACUCAAGGGUAACUCGACAUUUAUGACUGAAAUGUUGGAGUGCAGCAACAUCAUCCAAAGACUAACAACGAGGUCAUUGGUGAUUUUGGAUGAGAUUGGGCGAGGCACCGGUACUGCUGAUGGAAUAGCAUUGGCAUAUUCAAUCUUGAAAUACUUUAUAGAAUCGGAAUCGAAACCGCUCUUGCUAUUCAUCACCCAUUAUCCAUCUAUCCAUGUUUUGGAACAUGAGUAUCCGGGCGAAGUUGUCAAUUAUCACAUGGGGUUCGAAGAAAUUAACCAAGGAGAGGGGAAAUUUCCCGAAGUCAUCUUCUUGUAUGAUUUGUGUCGUGGAGUAGUUAAUAAUUCCUACGGGUUGAAUGUGGCGAAAUUGGCAGGCAUCCCGGACCACGUCAUUGCCAAUGCAUACAAAGUAAGCGAAGACUUGAAGCUCCAAAUAGAGAUUGAAGAUGAUAUUGAAAUGUUGAAAUUGGUCAAUACGGUGAUUAACGGAAACGCAGACGUGUCUAAUCUAUUCAAGUAUUUAAGCUAA